GGUGAUGAUGCCUUGUUCAUCAAUGUAACAUCAACUGAGACAAAUGGAUAUGUCACAGCAAAUAUAAAUCAACAUAGUAAUUUCCGAAGAUAGUCUACAAGACUUUUAAAUGUCGCAACCAUUAAUUUUCUCUCUGGUAGUAUAGUGUAUAGUAUAGUGCAUAGUUGCUUAUGGAGCAGAAAUAACAGCAAUAGCAUGGUUUUCCUCAUCUUGUUUCAAGGUAGUUGGAUAAUGAAGACGGAUGCAUUUUCGUGCGGCUAGUUCCAGUACUGCGUUACGUUUUUAAACAUGUAGAGUCUUCGUUAAAUCCCUAUUUCCUCAUAUGCACAUCUGUCAUAAUAGUUUAAAGAGUAGAUCAUCUGAUUUCUUCUGGUUAUGUGUGAUCCAGAAAAUCCAAGUGAUAAUUCCAUUGUAAAUACUGGACGUCUAAGUAACACUCCGGUUGGUAAUAUUACUCUGAAUUCUAUUAUGGAGUCGAUCAUUCGGCAACGACAGCUUUGUGCUGAAAACAUUCUAAAAAAGAGUAUUGAUGUUGCUUUCACUAAUUCCCAUAAUGAUUUCUGGUUCGAUUUGUUUACUCAAGCAUUUCUUUCACCGGCUUUGGAGAAUUCAGUCGACGGACCAGGAGAUGAUCUUCUGUUUUUUGUCCAUCUUAAACAAAAUGAUAGAAAACCAGAAUUGAGUGUAUUUCGUAGAAACAGUUCAAAUCUUCCAAAAUUGACAGAUGAUUAUGUCGAUUGGGAGGAAACAGUGUAUCUCAACUUACUCAUGCAAUAUUUCGUUUAUGUUGUGACAGUUGCUGUAUGCACUCGUACUGGACCUCAAGAGUGGCAAAUUUUAAAGAAAUUUUCUCAAAUGGUAGAUGGACAUGAUAUUAAAAGAUCAAUGUAUGUUUAACGGAAACCAAUGGAUAAUUGGACUUUGUUAACUAAUUAUAUAACUUUUGAAUUAUGAGUUAAAACUUUAUUGUCUCUACUUAGAUUUUAGUAUUAUUCAAUAGUAUGCGUAGUUUAAAACUUCUAUUGUGUUAAUUUAUUAUUUAAACUUUCAAGUUAUCAACAAUAGUCAUCGACCUUUGAUUUCAUCGACAAAUCACUUAUUAGUUUAUGUUAUUUACUUGGAAAUGUCUCUCUUUUAUUGAUCAUACUAAUAACUCAUAAAUGUGAUAUUUUUCUUUGAAACUUAAUCUGAUCAGUUUAUACUUUGAAUAUGCUAUAUAAUUUUGUUGUUUGAUAGAAUCACUCGUUAAUUAUUUAUAUAAUAGUUUCCUUAACAAUGUUUGCUUUAUUUUUAGACAAUUACAAGUUCUGUACUCUUUUUUGCUUAUGAAUUCAAAUGGUCUUUGAAGAAUUAUUAUUCAUUUUCCAAUGGUUACACUAAAUAUCUAUAUAGAAGAUUUCACUCAUGACACUAAUAAAUCAUUAGAACUUGACAGUUUCAUAACAAAAAAUAUUUAAAUAUUUAAGUUGUUGCUAUACUUCAUUUAUUUAUUUGAAAAAAAAACCCAGAAAAUAUCUCAAGUGAAUGUUUGGAGAUAAAUAAUUUCAUGUUUUCUUAAUUGUUGUAGACUGUUUAUGCAUCUCCUAGCCAUAGACAAAUGAAUAUAAAAGGAAGUUAUGAAGAAAUAGUUUACCCAGAUCUUUAUUUUACGAUUGAUAAUUAUGAAGAGGUAAGAUAGUUCGAUUUGGUUUGUCAGUGCUUAGUCUUUUUCCUACUUUAUUUACUCAAUAUCAUCAAUUUAAGGGAAACUAUUAUCAUCUGAUUUAAUUAGUUCAGAACGUUUUUUAUGCAGUUUUAUUGUAUUCAAGGUAGACUGAAAACUUUAUAAUUCAGAUAAACACUACAAGCCUAUCACAGUAAGAUAUUUGUUAAUAGUUUGAUCUGAAGCAUUAUUAUGGUACGAUGCAAGCUCUCUAUUGUCAUUUCACUAAGUUUUGAAUUUGAACUUUUUUUAUUUUUAUCAUGGCUUGUAAAUUGGUACAUCAUCAUCAAACUUUACUGUCCAACCUGCCUUCAUAAUCUUUAGUCCUCUUAGUGUCAGGGGUGAUAUAAACAGUUAUUCUUUCUGCCUGUUAUUUUUUCAAUUAUCACUUUUUAUUCAGUUGAUCUGUUAUGUUUGCGGAGAUUGUGGUUCACUUAAACCGGCGAACGGAACGACGGUCUGCAACACAACAACAGGACAAGCUAAACUAUUCCAAUGCGACCCGGUCCUGCUAACUAGAGGGAAAAGACCAGAUUUAGUCGACGGAGAAGUAUAUCUCACAAGCAGCCAGAAGCACGAACGAACCAAGCGCACAACUCAAGAGUAUAUAUACAGUAUAAAAAGGUCCUUGGGAAGCGUCACAAAAUAGCUCAUUAAAAGGGGCAGCGAACCAAAGACAUUUAGGGUCUUUCCAAGUGGUAAAUGCAAUCUAAAGGUAAAAAUGGGCACUUUUAGCGCGAAGACGAGAAAUUCAAAUUUCCAAAACAAAAUUACGAUAUUAAGACAUUUACCAAACGAUUUCUGGUGAUCUAGGAUCUCCAACAUGACUUUUCUUAGUUUUCGUUUCAAAUUCAUUUGACAAGUAAAUAUAUAUUCUACAAAAACACUACCUUUUUAUUGUUGUUCAGUUCUCAGAGCUGAGUGGUGUAAUUAUAGAGUUGUCAUUGUCGUUUCGAACAAAAUAAUCAGGGUUUAUCCCAUAUAGAAGUGAGCUCGUUGGUUAUUCCACAGGGCUUGAGUCAAUUUAUUCUGGUAACCUGGUUUGCGAUUGGUUGUCGUUGUAGGUUUUGCUGUUUGUGCUUGUACUUAUAUUCAAAUCACUGACCUUUGAUAGUGUCGCUAGUUGGCUUUUUUCGAGUAUUUCUAAGGAUUAGGUCUAUUUUGAUGUGUUUAUUCAUUCUUGAUUCGUUGGAAUGUCAUGCCUCCAGAAAUUCCGUUGCAUUCUUGAAAUUUCCCCUGUUCCAGAAUUUUGACAUUUCCUCAGUCGAAUUUAUAACUAUAGUUUUAUACAUGCAUUCAUAUCGGUGAUAACAUACCAUAUUUUCCCACUGAUAAUUCAUGUUCGUGUGUGCGUAAGUGAAGAGGGCGUCGACUUUGUCUGGUCUAGUGUUUAUCACUUUUUUAAAUAUCAUUGUUUUCAUAUCACACUAUUUGAACUUACAAAAAGGAACUGAUUGUUGCAUAUUUCAUUGGAGUAAUCUGGCUUUAGAAAAACAACUCUAAUUAAAAGGAAAACUCCGGAUUCACCUUUUUUCGUCGCUGUACUGAUCAUAAUACUGGCUUAUGUUUCAUAAUAAUAGUUAUAUCUUUGGUCGAUUGAACUAGGAACAAAAAUUAUAACAAAUUUCCAAGAAUGAAAUAAAAACAACCUUCGACUGUUUCACCAAUCAUGAGUAGACUUGUAUUGACUGGUAGUUUGUUUCCGAACAACUAACUUUCGCCCUAGUAGUUUAGAUACACUAACACUAUAUUCCAUUGCUUCUUGUCCGAAAAAAUACUGUACUGAAUCUUGGAAUAUUCUGUUCUGGUGCGAAACCAAUCGCCAACGAACUAAAAUCCCAGUGUACUAGAUAAUUUUUAAUCGAAACUCAACAUAUUUUUGAUCAGUUUUUCACAAAAAAUUUACAGUUCAUAGUUUAUGUUUGGUGUCAAAAUUACAGGAAGUAGCUAUACUACUUUUUAUAAUUGACUCAUAGAAAUAAUUUGAGUAUUUUAUUCCAAUAUGAGAAUCCUGAAACAUAAAGUGCAGGAUUGUCUAAACGAUACCGUCUAUUAAAGAAAACAAAAUAAACACAGCAAAUUUACAAUAAGAAUAAAACAGAAAUGAAAAACUUAAACUAACCGAGGCGAAAAAUACUGUCAAAAAUAACAAACUUCAAUGAAACAUAGAGACUUGAGCGUAAACGGAUAGCAUAAAGUGAUCGAUUUGCUGAUACAGACAUAACACUUGUUAUGAUAUAUAGAUUCAAAACUCUGGGCCAGAUUCAAGAAAGGAAGAGCAUGGAGACAGCAAUUAACAACAGCUGAACAAGAACAGAGAAAGUCCGGGAACGAUCUGAAUACACUGAAGCGAACAAGCAAGUGAAGGACAUUAGAGCUGACAUGCAGAAAUACGUGGAAGACGUAUCAACGACAACGGAUUAGGCUGCAAGAGAAGGAAAUGCAAACACCUAUAUAAUACAGUGAAGAAACUGGCAGAGGAAUAUAGUAAACCAGACAGAUCAGUCAAGGACAAGAAAGCAGGCAAGCAAAUCAAUAAGAUUCAACAACAGUGGAACAGAUAAGUAGAAUACUUUGAGGAACUCUUGAAUAGGCCAGUUCCAUUGAGUCCACACAGGCCUCCCUAUAGCUAUCACUUACCAACGAUCGAAGAAGUCAGGAUGGACAUCAGAUAAAUCAAGAGCGGGAAAGCAGCAGGACCUGACAAUAUACCAGCUGCAGCUCUGAAGUCAGACAUGAAAGUAACUGCAAGCAUGCUUCACACUUUAUACAGGAAUACUUGGGAGGAAGAACAAGUGCCGAUAGGCUGGAAAGAAGGAUACCUCAUCAAGAUACCAAAGAAAGUAGACCUGAGCAAAUGUGAGAACUACAGAGGCAUCACACUACUGUCAGUACCAGGAAAUGUUUCCAACAGAGUGUUGCUGAAGCAGAUGGAAGACUCAGUAGACGCCCAACUUCGAGAUCAACAGGACGGAUUCCUUAGUGAUCGGUCGUGCACAGACUAAAUCGUGACACUGUGGAUUAUUGCUGAACAAUCAGUUGAAUGGAACUCAACACUAUGCAUCAACUUUCUCGACCUUGAGGAAGCAUUUGACAGUGUGGAUAGGAGUACUUUAUUGAACCUUGUUGGACAUUAUGGAGUACCUGAGAAAGUCGUCAGCACCAUCCUGAAUUCAUACGACGGACUAAACUCCAAAGUCAUGCAUGGAGGACAGCUGACAGACGCAUUCUGAGAGAGGACCGGAGUUAGACAAGGUUACUUACUCUCUCCUUUGCUCUUUCUUCUGGUGGUUGACUGGAUUAUGAAGACCUCCACAUCUGAAGGGAAUCACAGAAUAAAAUGGACAGGUUGGAUGCAACUAGACGAUUUGAACUUCGCGGAUUACCUGGCCUUUCUAUCCCAUACACACCAACAAAUGUGAGUCAAGACAAACAGUGUAGAAGAAGUCUCGGCAUCAGUAGGCCUCAACAUACAUAUGGGAAAUAGCAAGGUUCUCAAAUAAAACACGGAGAGCAUCAACCCAAUCACUCUUGAUGGAGAAGCUCUGGAAGAUGUGGAACCUUUCACGUACCCGGGAAGCAUCAUCGAUGAAUAGGGAGGAUCCGAUGCAGACGUAAAGGCGAGGAUUGGCAAAGCAAGGGCCGCAUUCCUACAAUUAAAGAACAUAUUGAAUUCAAAACAGCUGUCUAUCAACCAACAUCAAAUUCAGAAUCUUCAAUACGAACGUCAAGGCAGUUCUACUGUACGGAGCUAAAACUUGGAGAAUUACCACAACCAUCAUCAAAAAGGUACAAGUAUUUAUAAACAAUUGUCUACGUAAGAUAUUGAUUGUCCGUUGGCUGGAUACCAUCAGCAACAGCCUACUAUGUGGAAGAACAAACGAGCUUCUAGCUGAAGAGGAAAUUACGAAAAUUCGUUGGAAGCGGAUGGGACAUAAAUUACGGAAAUCAUCAAACUAUAUCACAAGGUAAACACUAACUUGGAAUCUUGGAGGGAAACGGAAAAGAGGAAGGCCAAAUAAUAGAUUGUGCGGGGAAUUAGAGACGGACAUCACAAGGAUGAAUAGCAACUGGAAAGUUUUACCCAGGACAGAAUUGGAUGGAGAAUGCUGGUGGUUGGCCUAUGCUACUCCACGAGGGUAUCAGGCAUAAGUAAGAGUAAGUACCAUAUAUAUAAAUCAUAGGAAUGGUUGGAUAAGUUUCAAUCUACUUAUGAUUAGUGAGCAGCACACCAUGGUGCCAAAAAGAAAAGAGGCGAAAAAUUGACUUGUAGAAAUAAUAGCGCUUGUAUUAAGUUUCAUAUUGUGCUUUGGAGACCUGAUUGACAAUAGUCAAGUUAUUUAUUUGUCUUCCAGAAUCCUAAAUAUUAAAGCAGUUAACUAAUAAUCAUACAAUAUCGUUUUCAUUUGCUUUAUUAGCUAUUUUUCCAUUCAGUGGAUAGAAAAAUUUCCAAUUCUGUAACAACUAUACGAUCUCCUUCUAAAUAAAGUUAUACAUGUGUGUGACUAAUAUAUGAGGUUCUAAUUUCCGGAAAAGUAGGACUAUUAAGUUAUGUUAGUGUUCAUUCGUAAUUUAUUUAUUUUAUUUAUUUGAACACAUAAAUAUGGGUACAAGGGGGCACCAGAUAUAUAUGCGCCACAUUCAUUCAUUCGUAAAGUUUGAAUAGUAACAAACGGACGGUUAAACUAGGCAAACAACUUUGUAUUGUGUAGGAUUAUUGGUUUAUGCAAGUGAAUAUCGCUUUACAAUCUGAAAACAAACUGAAAUGAUGACACUUGAGACCUUGGGAAAGUAAAAAUUUCAAUUUUGGUUUUUACAAAAAUUUCAAUCAGAAUCACUUGAAAUAGGUUUUAAAAAAUUCCCUUUCUGAAACUUAACUCUGGCCGUAAAACAUUCUGCAAGUAACCAUGAAUUUUCUAUUAAACCAUCAGUAUUAACAUGAAUUAGACCCAACAGUGUUUGUUCAUUUUCCUAAUUGUUGAUGGCUUAAAUAAAAAAUAACUCGUAGGAGUGUAUAUCGAAAUUAUGAGUAGGCUAGUGAAUAGUAAAGAGGAGUAUAAAGAACAUUUCAAGCAAUGAAAUCAAUAUUCCAAGUCUUCUUAUUCGAUGAUUUCAAAAAUUACUCGUGUAGAGUGUGAAAAUCGCAGAAAUUAACAUAUGUAAUGUUUGAAGUUCGGUACGGUAACUGCUAAUUGCGGAACCAUUGAACUUGUCCUAACACAAACGGGUUGUAUAACGGAUCUGAUAGAACGGCGACUCUCACACAACAACACUUCAACGUCAAUAUAAAAUAACGAAGACGGGAAUUUUAGGAUAGCUGUAUAUUCUGAACAGAAGUGAAAAAGUGAAAUGGAGCAACUCUGGAACUAGAUAACCCAAGCUGUCCUUAGCGCAUAAUAAUUCUUAGAAAUAUGUAGUAUGAUAUCAAUAUUUCAAUCUAUAGCAUUAUACUUCUCUCAGAGCCUUCACUCGUUUCUCUUAUAUUUUUUAUAUGGCUUACAUUGAACGACAUAUUUCUCAUCGAUACCGUCCUUUCAUUUAUUCAUCUUUCAAAUUAGUAAAUAAAACACUGAUAGUGAUAUUUUAAUAAAACUUCAACUCACAAUAUUUAGGCAUUUGGCGAAUGUGUUCUGCGAGAUAGCGAAUGCAUUAAUGUUGAAUUGACCGCUUAUGAUCGUUAUGGACGUAUACAUGGUGUUUGCUUUCUUGGCACUGUUUCCUAUGAUACCAUUAAACAAUUUUAUGACCGUUCAUCCGUAAGUCAAACAGACUUUCAUUGCAUCUGUACAUAUUAAUAGAAAAAGGUUUUUGUUUUUCGAAUUCGUAUGAGUCAAGUUACUCACCAAUGAACGAAAUUAGAUCGUUGUACUAUUUCGCUAAAUACUCUAAGUUGUUGACCACUUGAUGGCAGCUCAGUAACCUAAAGGUUUAGGGCUGUUGACGAGGCCUAAAUGCACUGGGUUUGUGAAUACAUACUGUUGGAAAGUUCCAAACUAGAAUUAGACGGUUGUCUAGUAUUUCCUGGUUUUCAGUGGUUGUUUAAUUAAGAUUAGUUGAUGAUGUUGACUAGAGAAUUCUUUUUUUCUUAACAUGAUUUGUAUGGAUGUGCUUAGUGGAUUUCACAUACACAUAUUUAAUUACUUUAUAAAUUAAGUUAAACUAAAGUAAUCCAUUUACAAAUUAUCUUAAAAGCAAACAUGGAGCUCUGAAAAUCCAUUGCCUUAUUUUUUGUCACCAUGAGUUACUUACGCCUGUUACUCCUAACGGAGCAUAGGCCGCCGACCAGCAUUCUCCAACCCACUCUGUCCUGGGCCUUCUUUUCUAAUUCCAUCCAAUUCUUAUCACCAUGAGUUAGCAUUCAUAAAAUUGUUUUAAUUCAUAUUGUGAACCGAUCACUAACAACACCCUUUGUAAUAUCGCAUACGUUAGAGGUAAUAUUUAAAAUAUGUAUAUAAACUUUUAUUCAGUUCAUAUUAUUUCCUUCCCACUUCUGACGGAACUCAUAAAUGUUUUUAUUAAAACAAAUCAAUUCUUAACACAGAAAAAUGGAAAGAUGACAAUUUCUAGCUAGAAAGACAUUAUUAGAUUAUCACAGUAUAUUAAGAUUGUAAAUAAUUGAUGACAAUGAAUGUAUCAGGGCUUCUUUUUUUAAAAAUAGGCAAAACUAUUUAACGUAUUCAUUUGUAUAAUGUUUUACAUUAGUAAACAAAAAUUUGAUCCUUUACACUUUUAACUGGUUAAAUAUCCUUUGAAGUGUAGGAUAAAUGCUUUUGCCUCGAGUUGGCCUCACGACAUGUGGUGAGUGUAGUUGUGUAUGCGAGUUUAUUUAUGGCAAAAAAAUCAGUAAGAUGCUGAUAAUCGUUUUCAGCCUAAUUGCAUGGUAUAUGAGGACAAAUAUCUCUUAUAUUAUUUAUAUUGUUGUAAAUCCACUUUUUCUACUAAUAGAUACUGGCUGGUUAUCCGUAUAUUGAGAGAUACUAAACUAUCGUAUCAUGACUGUUUUACCGAAUAUUAUCAUGGAAACCUGGAGAAAUCGACUGGUUAUAACUUUAAUAUACUUUGAACAACAUUUUACGACAUAAUAGUGCAGUAAAUGAAUCUUUGCCAAAUAAAAAAAUUAAGUAAUCAUAUAUUGGCUGAUAACCAACUAAAAUAGAGAUCAAUUAAUUAAAACAAUUGUGUUCAAUCCCGUUAGUGCAAACACUAAUUGUUUAAGUAGACGAAUGCAAGGUUAACUUUAAUUAAUAAAUAAUUGCUUGGACGUCUAGAAGAGAGUGGUUAGAAUUUCCGAAUUGGUUAACAACAGCUUGACAGAUCAGGUAUCAGCGUUCGAAUGGAGAGACGAUUAAAGUAUUCCGACUUUCAAUCUGUAAAUCCCAGGCCUGACCGUAUUCCCUUCGCAGUUAACUCAUACUUGAUAAAUAAGUUACAUCUUUCUUCAUCCAUUGGGAUGAAAAAUCGAGUACAUAAUAGAAUACUGAUUUUACUUGAAAUUAAUAUUAGUUGAUAAAAAGUCCUUACGUUCAAUAAAGAAUUGAACUCUCCACUUGUACACAGCUGUUGCUGAUAUAGUUUACCAUUCAUCAAAUUCUGUCAACAAAUCUCUCACGUAUUACGUUCUCUGUUAAUGUUAUUUUGAACUGUUAGCAAGCUUGUUCGAUUGGUAAUCUUGUUAAUCAUCGUUCUGGUUAUCGAAAUAAUCUAAUGUCAAACAGUUAUUAUUCAUCUUCGCCUCCUCCAAAUAUUGAUUAUACAUCAACUCAAUUUAUGAGGGUACUUGGACCACAAGCCAAAGGAUCAGCUGAAAUAGCAAUUAAACCUAUGAAAAAUAUUACACAACAAUCAUUGGAUUUAUCUAAGACGGAAGAAAUGAACCGUACAAAUUUUAUCACAAAAUGUUGUCAACCUGUUUGUCCAUCAGAAUCGGAAAUGGAGUAUAAAUCUUCAGAUAAGUGGAUAUUAAACAACAUAAGUUGGAUAAAUAAAACAGUGCGUUCUGAAGUAAUUACUGAACAACCAGUUAUAGUGAGGAAUAUAUGUGUAUAUUGAGUGUUGUACUGUGAAAGAUGUUGUUAUGACUUUGUUGUGAAGUUGAUUUACAAGAGUUAUCUUUACACAACUUUUUUCUAAAACAUAAUUUUCCCUUUCUUCAGUAUAUCUUUCCUGAUGAUAAAUUGAAGUGAACGUCACGUAAUUUUUUUAUCAAUACCCAACUUCAUCACGUUUAACAUGGUUAUAAAAGAGGUGGCGCUCACAUUUAUACCAGUAGAAAAUUCUAUGCAUUCCAGCUAAGUAUGUUUAAAUCUAUCUACCCAUAUAUCGACAGUAAUUAUGUUGGUAGCUGGUAAUGAGCACAGGAGUGCUUAUAUGGAUUUGUAAAAGCAACUGACACUAUAACACUAUGGUUUUUCACUGGAAGUAUUACUUUGUGUUUAUGAAAAUUGCACUAUAUUUGUACACGUAAAAGACCAUACAAAGUAAUACUUAUGAAACAUACUUUAUUUUUCAAACUAGUAGACAAUCUGUCUUCAUACUGAAGAAUUUAUAUAAAAUUAAAGACUGACUAAUUGUGUAACUACAGUUAAUUCACAUAAAUUGCACCACAUUAUCGAGAUUUAAAUAGAAAUAUUUCUGAGUGAAAAUUUUGUAGCCAAGCUUUAUUCUCAUUCGUCAUUCAUAGCAUAACAAAUAAAUUACACUUUUUUUGGUAUGUCUUUCUGUUUAAUCAAACUACUUAGAAAUUUCACCGUUUCUGAAAAAGAAUGGCCUGAGUAUUUGGGAUUUUCGCAUAGCCAAUGAUAUCUUGGUUAUCAGCAAAGACGAUUGAUACUGAACCUUUAUUCUACUCUUUAAAAACCAUGACAGAAAUGUAUAUUUCGUUAUCCCAUUUAUUGUUAUAUCUACUUAGCUGAUAUGAUUUAAAAUUUGCGGGAAAGUUAAUUAGUCACUGUUUAAUUGAAAUGAACUGAUAACGUUGGAUGAAAUUGAUUUUGAAUGGCGAACACUGAUUCCUGUUAAUUACAUUUACUUAAUUAUAGCUCAGUAACUUAGUACGGAAAAGUUGAGAAUCAUCACAUUGAAUGCGAUAACAUGAGGUAGGACGCGAAUAUCUGAUUUGACCAGUCCAUCCACAGCUAUACAUGCUUGAAAUAGUAAUUCCUGAUGAGUUAUAUUUCGAAUUAAUUCCUGUCUUACAUAUCAUUGAUUCAAACUAAAUAACAUUUCUUGUAUCACUUCCUACUUAAAAGCCAAAUAUGUAAUCAGUGCAAUAACGAUUGAAUAGAGGAAAGAUUUGUGGUCUUAUUUUCACAUUGUAUUGUCAUAAUCUAUAAUGAAUCAUUUGGACUGGAGUAUUGACGAGAUUGUCAACUACAAUUAUGAUACCAUUUCUACUCAAAAGUAAUAGUCUACAACUUUUACUAUCCAAAAUGCAAAUUUCCAAUAUUUUAUCUCAAGUAGUCUCCGUUUUAUAGCAUCGUUACGUAAGGCAUGUUGAAUUUACGUGGUCUGCACAAUGUGACUAGCAGUUUGACUCGUCACUAUUACUUACGGAAACCUGGUGUUUAAUUUUUUUUAUCCAUAACAUGAGUUAGUGAAUAGAGAUAUAGUCAUCAUACAUUUUUCUGGUAAAUGUCUCACCUCUCUUAAAACCAGCAAGUUUAACGCCCUUAGGAUUUAGUGACCUUUAUGCGUCUGAAUAAUUUUAGUCUUCGUUGUUUAAAAGAACAACAGUGGCAAGAUCUGAGCGUUGUUUUGUGAGCUCAGUUGUUAAUGUUUUCUGAGUUGAUGGUUUUAACCAGCAAUAGCAUGUAGUUUCAUAAAGGUAGUCUUCCAAACACAUGUUUCAUUAUUCAAAACACUAGCCAAUAUUAAUUCACUUGCUAUUGUUUACUUGAAUCUUCCUAUUGAUGUUUAGGACUGCAAUUGAUCAGUCUCUUAUUGGCAUAUGUGAAUACUGUGCGCAUUGCCUUAAUUGACAAGCAUUAUAAGCAAAGAUGGAUAGUGACUAGCAGUGGAAUCCAGGACGCGCGUCUCGUCCUAUCUAGGACUCAUCAGCUGGGUGUACCUGUAUCUCAGAGUUGUAGGUACACUCAGCUGAUGAGUCAUAGAUAGGACGAGACGCGCGUCCUGGAUUUCACAGCUAGCCACUAUCCAUCUUUACUUAUUAGUGAAUAUUGUUACUCAUUCAAUUACUCGUUACGUACAUGAAUAUACAUUGUCCAAUUUUAUCAAAUAGUGCAACUAACUGUCAACUGGUAUGUGUUAUAAUCUAAACAGUUAAUAGAAGUGAUAAGCUUUCAUUCAGAAACAUUUUUAAUACUCCGAAGAUAUAACACUACGUAGUACAGACAGUAAAAUAUUCCACACAGGCACUUUUGCAUAUUAAUACACUAAAUUGUUGACAGAAUCAGUCUGUAGUGUACUAUAGGUUCGAUGAAUUCAACAUAUCUCAUAGAAAUCUAUCCACUACUUAACAAUCCAGUACUAUUAUGCAUUAAAGUCAGUUUUAAAGCCCCAACUUUAUCACAGUUAUCUUGUCAGAUUAUUUGUUAUGACGAGGAAAUUGUUCACGUUCUUUCCACGACUAUCAGGUAAAAGUAUAGCUUGACCUAAAUGUUUAUUCAACCAAAUUUUUCAUAGGUUUUGGUACCACAUUUGUCCAAUCAUAGAUAUCUUUUGAUUUAAAUUAAUUACGUUGAUACUGACUAGAUUUCUUUUGUUUGAUAUUUUCUGUUUAUCCCUUUCUAAUUCAGGAGGUAUGUAAAUCAACCAAUCUUGACCAUUACGAUUUUUUACCAGGGACCCAUUUAGAUAGAACCAUUCCUAACAACCAAGAGUCUGAGCAUCUUCAAAACAUCCACAUGGAUGCUAUACCAACAUUGCACCCAUCACCUUGGUCUGUUAAGUCUGCUGGAGCAAGUCUACACACAAGUCCUGUUCGACGAUUCAAGGAUAGUGUAGGGAGUAAAUAUGCGAGUCCGCGGACCAGUCAGCAAGAAUUCUCACCUAUAUUCACCCGUAAAUGUAAAUUUAGAUCUGUAAAUACAAUAAAUUUGUAUCAGGAAUCGAAACCAUCAAAGGUCUCAGAAAUUCUUAAUGCAUUUACAGGUGUGAUGACGAAACAGUCUUUAGGUAAUGCUCAUCGAACAAAAGAUACUUCUAUAAAUUCUACGAAUAAACCAAGUCAUAAAAACUCUACUAAUAUUAUAAUGUCACUUCCAACUAUGUAUGACGAUGAUCACUAUAACAAUGACCAGUUUGGACAUCUUGAUUUAUACAAAGGUCAUUUAUAUGAAAAUCCCCUCAUAAUAUCUGAUUGGAACGAUAGUUCGUUUGGACAAGCAUGGUCUUGGUUCAAGGAAAGAAGACGAGUUACUUCAGUUAGCCUAAUUGCUAGUCCAACAUUUAUCACACUCCCUUGUCAAAAUAUCCUUGUUGGUAAUGCAAUUGAUAAUUCUAGUCCCAAAAUUUCACUUUUUUAAAAGUCACUUUCAUCUU